CUCCACGGCUGCAGUAGUAGUACAAGGACCUGUUGUUUGGUUUGGCUCCACGGCUGCAGUAGCAUUGCAAGGAACAGUUUUGUAUUUGGCUCCACGGCUGCAAGUGGCAGUGCAAGACCAGUUUUUGUAUUUGGCUCUGCCUAUGAGAAGAUUUGAUGGCUUCCCUCAACAGGAAAGCAUUUUGAUCGGUGAAUUGUUGUUUGGGUCGCCCUUUACUGUGGGGCAUGCAGAACAUUAG